AUGGCGUCCGAGAAUCUCUCAAGCCAAACUACAGACGAUCUGCACAGACGCCUGGAAAGCUACAUAGCAAAAAAAAAGAAGCUGGAGUCGGAGCUGCACUCUGUGGAAAAGAAAAUAUACGCAUACGAGGGGCUGCUGCUGGACGACAGCGGAAUAAAGAGCCUUCUUAAAAAGCCCGACGGGUUUCCGCACAGAAAAGACAGAAAGGUCGGCAUCAAUGACUGCGAUCGCCCCUUCUCAAUGGACCUUCCCUACUAG